GAGCUGUGGAAGGGCUGGUGGCUCCAGGAGACGCCGGCGCUGGAGAGAGCGCUGCGCCGCCGGCUGCUAAGGGAGCGCGGAGGCCGCUGCUGUUGGCCACUGCUGCUGGCCUCUUCCAGCCUUCGCCGAGAGGGUUCCUGCAUUCUAAAGAAAAAAUAAGUUUGAUUGCAGUACAACUACAUUCUAAGAUCAGUUCUGAUACUAUAUAUAUCUCCUUUGGACUUUGUACAUUGACCUCCUCUGUCCCCUUCCCUUAACUAUUAGGUUGGUGUGGAAAAACUGGGGCUUUGAUCAAGCAAAUGCUGAAAAGCCACAUAAGGAACAUCUGUAACAGUUAUUUCUCAACAAUUAUAUAGUCAACUGAUGUAACAAUGGUACUAAUAUUGGGACGAAGACUAAACAGAGAGGAUCUCGGGGUGCGUGAUUCACCAGCAACAAAGCGUAAAGUUUUUGAAAUGGACCCUAAAUCUCUGACAGGCCGUGAGUUUUUUGACUUCUCUUCAGGAUCAUCCCAUGCUGAAAACAUCCUCCAGAUAUUUAAUGAAUUCCGAGAUAGUCGUUUAUUCACAGAUGUUAUCAUUUGUGUGGAAGGAAAAGAAUUUCCUUGCCAUAGAGCUGUCCUCUCAGCCUGCAGUAGCUACUUCAGAGCUAUGUUCUGUAAUGACCACAGGGAAAGCCGAGAAAUGUUGGUUGAGAUCAAUGGUAUUUUAGCUGAAGCUAUGGAAUGUUUUUUACAGUAUGUUUAUACUGGAAAAGUGAAGAUCACUACAGAGAAUGUACAGUAUCUCUUUGAAACAUCAAGCCUUUUUCAGAUUAGCGUUCUUCGUGAUGCAUGUGCCAAGUUCUUGGAGGAGCAACUUGAUCCUUGUAAUUGCUUAGGAAUCCAGCGCUUUGCUGAUACCCAUUCCCUCAAAACACUCUUUACAAAAUGCAAGAAUUUUGCAUUACAGACUUUUGAGGAUGUGUCCCAGCAUGAAGAAUUUCUUGAACUUGACAAAGAUGAACUGAUUGAUUAUAUUUGUAGUGAUGAACUAGUUAUUGGCAAGGAGGAGAUGGUUUUUGAAGCCGUCAUGCGUUGGGUCUAUCGCGCUGUUGAUCUGAGAAGACCACUCUUACAUGAGCUCCUGACUCAUGUGAGACUCCCUCUGUUGCAUCCCAACUACUUUGUUCAAACAGUUGAGGUGGACCAGUUGAUCCAGAAUUCUCCUGAGUGCUAUCAAUUGUUGCAUGAAGCAAGACGGUACCACAUACUUGGGAAUGAAAUGAUGUCUCCAAGGACUAGACCACGCAGGUCAACUGGCUUUUCUGAGGUGAUAGUUGUCGUUGGAGGCUGUGAACGAGUUGGAGGAUUUAAUCUUCCAUACACUGAGUGUUACGACCCUGUGACAGGAGAGUGGAAGUCUUUGGCUAAACUUCCCGAAUUUACCAAAUCAGAGUAUGCAGUCUGUGCUCUAAGGAAUGACAUUCUUGUUUCAGGUGGAAGAAUCAAUGGACGUGAUGUCUGGAUUUAUAACUCACAGUUAAACAUUUGGAUCAGAGUUGCUUCUCUAAAUAAAGGCAGAUGGCGUCACAAAAUGGCUGUCCUCCUUGGUAAAGUAUAUGUUGUUGGAGGCUAUGAUGGGCAAAACAGACUUAGCAGCGUAGAAUGUUAUGAUUCCUUUUCAAAUCGAUGGACUGAAGUUGCUCCCCUUAAGGAAGCAGUAAGUUCUCCUGCCGUGACCAGCUGUGUAGGCAAAUUAUUUGUGAUUGGUGGAGGACCUGAUGAUAAUACUUGUUCUGAUAAGGUUCAAUCCUAUGAUCCAGAAACCAAUUCUUGGCUACUUCGUGCAGCUAUUCCUAUUGCCAAAAGGUGUAUAACAGCCGUAUCCUUAAACAACCUGAUAUAUGUUGCUGGUGGACUGACCAAGGCAAUAUACUGUUAUGAUCCAGUUGAAGAUUACUGGAUGCAUGUACAGAAUACAUUCAGCCGACAGGAAAACUGUGGUAUGUCUGUAUGUAAUGGUAAAAUAUACAUCCUGGGUGGAAGACGGGAAAAUGGAGAAGCUACAGACACUAUUCUCUGUUAUGAUCCUGCCACAAGUAUCAUCACAGGGGUAGCUGCGAUGCCCAGGCCAGUGUCCUAUCACGGCUGUGUGACUAUUCACAGAUACAAUGAGAAAUGUUUCAAGCUCUGACGCCAGCGUACCUCACCCAGAAAGCCACAGCAAUCCAAGAUGACAGGUUUUAAAAACUCCAGAGUGGGAACUUGGUUUAUCUCCUUAUGCCAUAUGCACAAAAAGACAAAAAUAAUAAUUGUCGUGCCUUUCUCCCCCAAAUACCAAUCUUUUAAACUGUAAUAAAGCCUUUUCUGUAAUUGGGGAAAAAAAAUUUUUGUUUUGAAGGUAAUAGUGGUCUUUGCUUGGGCUCUGAGAGUGUACCUUUGUAUUUGUUUAAAAAAAAAAAAAGCCUAUGUGGCGUAGGAAAUAAUGCUUGCCUGCAUACCGUUUAGGAAUUGGUGAAUGGUCUCUUCAUUUAUGUAUGUUUAUCUGCAAGACUGUUUAUUCCUUAUUUUGUCACAUAAGUGUGUAUGUGUGUGUAUAUAUAUGUAGAAAAUUGCAUGACAAGUUUUCAUUUAGGUCAAAGCAUAUACUGCUUAGAAUCAUUCUAAGGAGGGAAAAACAGUUUUAAAAAUCUUUUUCACUAAAAAAUACAUCCAAAUUGAUUAACUUUAUUAUGGGUUUUUUUUCUGUAAUUGAUAAAAACAGUAAUGGCAAUGAUCUGAGUAUCAGAAAAUACUAAGUUAUUGUGACUUCAUUCUUAGAAUUGCUUUCUUAUAUUAAAGAUAUUUUGGGGAGAAGAAACAAAAGCAAGUCCCCCUAAAAUGGGGAUUAAAAUUACAGAUUAAUUCCUAAGAAAAAGUUAUCUUAAGACUCUUGAAGGAAAAAUGACCCACUGUGGCUCUCAAAAGUAUUUAUGUAUCAUCUCUAAAUCCUCUAAGGGAAGCGCCUUUUCUUAAACCUGGCAGAAGAGCUGAAAUCUACUUUGCAAUAUUAUCUUGUAAAAACAGGGACAGAUUUUCUCCCUAGCCCAGUAGGGUUUGACCUCAUUGGAAUGGUGCUUUGGGUGAGGACCUCUUCCUGGUUAUCCUGUUUUCGUGUGAACAGCUAAAAAUCCUGGGAGUCUCUACUGUUAAGCUGCCCUUAAAGGAUAAAGCAGGGACCACCUAUCUCAGUGGGUCCAUAUUUCUUUUAAAGUUAACUAUCUGAAGAAACUAACAAUAGUAGUAGCAGUUUUCUAAGAUAAAUCUUCAUUUGGUACCCAUUGUGUGAAAUAUUGAACAACAUUCUCAUGCUUCUCUACAUCAAAUUGCCUUUGUCUAGAUGUUUCAACUCCAGUUUAUAAAGCUUACUAGUUUUCAGAGAAGAGUGUGAAAUUUUUUUUUCUAAGGCAAAUGGGAUGGCAGGAACUACAGCAUAAGUGAUUAUUGUUAUUCCUGGGUAGACAGAUACAAUUUACAGUAUUUUAGGGAUGUUCCAGGUAGCCUGCUCUAUUUCAACUUCCCAGGCAUUAUUGUUGUCUCACAUCUUAAUUAUAUAUUCCUUGCCAUAGGAGAAAUGAUGCAAAUAUGUAAUUAUAGUGUCACCAGAUUUUUGUUAAAACCAAAGUAGUAAUCAAAAAACCUAACAUUGACAAACUUACUCUUUUUUUCCCAUUUUAGAAUGAUACAGAGAUUUCAAAUACACUAUACAAUAUCAACUUUAAUGCCGAGCUGGAUUGUGAAUUCCGAGGAAAAUUCUAAAAAACUUAGCAAAUUUUAGGGAAUUUUUAUUUUUCAAAUCAUAAUUUGAAAUGAUAUGUACCUUUUUGUGAUAAUUAUCAAAGCAAUUCAGAAGCCAGUUUUCUACUAUUUUAGUUGAAAGACAAUAGUAGAUACAAUUGGGAUACUUAUUUUAAUUUUAGAGUAAGCAUCUACUUCUGCAUCAUACCCUUUGUAGAUUAUGGAACCUAUUUAGUUCAGAAAUACUUUGUGGUGUGUAAGAUAAUGUAUGAGAAAAGUGUUGGUAAAUGCUGAGGACUAUACAAAUGAUACUUGUUAUUUUCAUGUGUAUUUUGUAAGGCUAUGCCCAUCCAUAAAUACAGACACUUUUUACAGAAAAGCCUUUCUCAGUAUAACCUGUAUUUUAGUACUUUUGUAAGUAUUAACUAUUUACUUGUAUUUUGUUAUAUGUUUAUUUUUAAUAUUCAUGUGUUUAUUACAGUAAAUUUGACAUGAAAUCCUAUAAAACAAUUUGUUUGAACAUGGACCUUAUGCCAAUUUUUUUUAUUUUUUCUCUACAUAAUUUACAACUACAUAAGUAGGUCACCAAGAACUUAGCUUGAAUCUUAUGAAAUUAACAAUUUUUAAAAUUACCCAAUUGAUACUUUAAUUUCCUUUCACUUCCUUUACUGAUUUUUUAUAAAUAAUGAGGUCAGCAUUGAUACAAUAAUGAAGAAUUUUAGGGUAUAAUUAGUAUAUCAAAAGGGAUUUAUCAACAGAAUUGGUGUCAGAUUAUAUUCAUACUGUCAUCACAUAGCUGACAUUUUCUUUUGGUUUGUGAUGCUCAUGUAAGCCUUUGGGUUAGUAUAUAUGUAUAUACGUAGAUAGAUAGUAUGCUGAAUCUACACACAUAUACAAAAACCAAGAAUUUUAGCAGUUUCUGGUUUCUGAUCAGAGAAACAAACAUAAAGUAAAAAUUAGUUGAUCUUACUAAAUUCAAUUCGAGAAGUUCUGGUUUUUGGUUUUUUUUUUUUUUUAAUUUGGGCAUCUCUAGAGUGCUCUUUUACAUACGAAAAUAUAUGAUGAAUACUAGUAUGAUGAUGCAUACACAGUCAGAAUCUAUAUAAUGCAUACAAUUUACAAGAUCAGGAAACAAACUGGAGGGAGAUACAAGUUUGGUAAACAUAGCCAUCGAUACCUCAGUGGGAAGGGAAUUCAAAAGUAGGUUUUGUGGAUCAAGAGAAAUGUACUUUUUUUUUUUUUCAUGAACUUGAAUCAUUUUUCAUGUGGUUCCUAUAUGUGAGUGAGCUAUAACGUGGUCUGAUUUUUACAACAGAAAGACCUUCCUCUUCUGCUCUAAUCUUCCCACUGACUUUACUGCACAGGUAUGAAAUGGUAGCCUAUUGGGUCUUCAGUAACCUUUAUUUUCCCUAGAUGACUGAAACAUUUACUCCAUUUAAACCAGGUGUUUAAAAAAAUGAUGUAAAUACUCAGGGUAUUAACUUGUCAUUUUUGCCUAAUUGGAAUGUUUAAAGUGCCAUAUCUAAGUAACUUUCAGUUCAUAAUUCUAGAGUAAAUUCAGUUUGGUAAAAGAGCUUCACACGUGGUGGUAAUUAAACAUUCAUUUUUUUAUAUUUAGAUGAAAAUGUUUGUGGACUGAUACAUUUUCUCUUAGUGAAUAUGAAUUGUUUAUGUAUCUCUACUGUCAUACCCUUUUUGAAACUCAGGAAAGACAAAGGUUCAAUUAUACUACUUUUGUCAGUAUACAAACCAGGUGUGUUUUUUUUCCUGUUGUCUGGAUAUGGCAAUAGAUUUUUUAAAAAGAAAUGCUGUGAGAACCCAUACAUGAAAAGAGAGGGUUGAAUUGUUUGUGUGUGCCUUUUGUUUCUUGAGAUUUAUACAUGGAAAGGACAUCAUCUACUCCAGACUAUAUUUUCAAAGAGAAGAAAUUGCUAUUUAUGUGGUGCCAAGUGAUAAAAUAAUGUCUCUUAAAGGCUUCCUGUGGACUGCCUUUAUUUUCCUAAGCUCAAGACACCAGUUAACCUCAACAUAAUUUUGGCCUUUAUUAGAAUUUCUGUGCAUUAUAUUGAAAGCUAGGUUUACAUCACCUCACCCCAUUAUUCCUUUUAGUUAAAUAAAUUCACCAUACCAAGAAACCAGAAUGGGGCAAUUUGGCCUUUAAGGCAACAGGUUUGACUAGCUAGCUAUACUUAUUGUCACAUCUAAUGCUAGGUAUCAGAAACCACUUGAGCCGAAAGUGUGAACUGAUAAUUCCAGAGACAUUGUCAACAUACUUCAUACUUUUUUUUAAAUGUUUUUUAUGGAUGUUUUACAUUUGUGUGAUUGCCUUAGAUAUUAAAUUUACUUAGUGCUAAAGAUCAUCAUUAAAAAUCUUUUUAAAUAGCAGUAGUUGUAACUUAUUUUAUAUAUUGUUCCAAAGAAAAGAAUUUGUUUUAAUGUUUUCAAAAUAACUGCAUCUGUAUUUGCUUAUGUGCCUUAAGUUCUCUAGUUCUGUUUCAACUUUGUUUUUAAUCUAAAGUUUACCUUAGAUAAGUUCCAUACUUAUUUCCUGUAAAUUGCUCUUAAAAUGUUUAAUGAGCAUCAGCUAUGUGGUUGCUUGGCAGGAAGGAAAAUGUUAAGAAAGUGGUUGGGUGUUUGGAGUUUUACUAUGUUUGGGGAGGUUUUUUGUUUGAUGCCAAGCUGCUUUUUAAGACAGUAAGAAAAAAUCUCUCGAGUAAAUCCUUGAAAACAUCAUUUGCAGUGUCUACAUCCAGUGUCAAAAAAGUAAAUCUACUUAUUUUUGCUCCAUUCUUAUGUACUAUUUUUUGUUUUUUCCUCUACAGACUCUUUCAUUUAUCCAAGUUCUUAAUCUUUCCUGCUCCAAUACCCACCCCAUGGUUUCUUUAUUUAAAUAUUGUUGAAAGUCUCUGGAGCUAUCUAAGACAACACAAUUAUAGAGUUGAACAAAAGCGUAAAGUGCUUUACAGCUUGUACAGACCUGUGGCAGCCAGGUGUCAUUUGCUUUCAGAUGCUCCAGUCUUCACAGUGAAAAAGCGCUCCGUGUUUCUUUGUUUUCAGUUCAGUUGCGGCACACUAAUACUUUCAUGUCUCGUCUAAAAUAUACUUCAUGCAUAGUUUUUCUUUAAUUUUUAAAAAGUUGUAUCUAAUUAAAAAAUGUCUUUUAACCAUUAUUACUUGACUACAGUUGUAUUAAAUUUUAUUUACCAAAAA